AGUAAAACCGUGAAGCAGAAGAUCUCAUUAGGUCAUCUUUGGUAGUUCUGGAAAAUUGGCUAUGGCCUCAGAGAAGUCGACCGGACGUCAGGGCUCUUUAGAGGGAGACUUUGGGCCCCAUCUUCCAUCUUUCAGGCUCGUAUCACAGACUUAUGGCUGUAAUGCAUGCAGCAUCCCAAGCCUUUCCCUGGACUCUGGCACAUACUCAGUGGAGCCUUGCCAUCUGCUUGAGAGCAGCGAAGAUUUUAUAUCAGAAAACAGGUCUCUGUGUGAUUGUGCUGACACCAAUGGCUUUUCAGAAGAUGAACUUCUGAACAUAACGUUUGAGGCAUGUGACACUACCGGCAAAGGAGAGGUUCAGGCCUCCACUGUGGUGCAGUAUCUUCAGUCCGUGACGCUCCAAAGCUCUGGCCAGGAAAAGCUGACCAAAUUACGAUAUUUGCUUGACCCAGAGAACCAGGACCAACCUGUUAGUAGAGAAGCGUUUCACGCCACCAUGAGAGAGUGGAUUGCCCAGUGCUGCAGAGAUGGGGCUUCUGAGGAUAAAAAACAGGAAAUAGAAUCCACCUUAAGAAAAUCAUCUGUAACUGGGACUGAAUACCACCUUCCUUUAAACGAGGCCACAUUUACAGACAGAGCUGAAUGUCAUUGGUCAGUUAAGUGAUUUUCUCAGUCUUCUUGCUUCAUUUUAAAGAGCCCAGAAGCGGCAGGUGCGGUUUUCUAUCUAGCAUUCACACUUAUGUGCGAUCUCAGCAGUAGUCUGAUGGGUCUGUGUGGUUUCAGCGAGUCUGGAGAUCUCUCAGGUUUAGUGUCCGAGCUCAAACACACCCAGCACAGGUUGAGUGAGCAGAACAGCUCUCUGCUGAGGACCGUUUCUCAGAGCGAGGACACC